AUGCCCUUCAUGCGUGAAAAGGCUAGCUCGAGCGAGCUGCGUGGGUUGAUGAACGACAGCUCGCCCAUGCUGUCCAACAGCGAGGACGAUGGCGAAGACGGGUACCACCACGCCCUGCCGAUGCAUACCAAAGAUGACGGCGCGGACGAUCCGAUCUCGUCCUCGACCCGUGGAACGAUGAGCUGCUGCUCGUGUGGCGCCUCUUCUGAUCUCUCGUCAUCACGUCGUUCUCGUGACGGCUUAUCGAGCAGCUCGAGCUCGACAAGAACCGGUCUCCACGUGUUCAUCAUCUUCUUUGGGCUCAUUGCCGGCCUCGCGGUCUUGUUCCAAUACACCAAGGAGCCGACAUGGUCCUUCCAUUCCAAGUCAUCGUCAUCAGGCUUGAAUCGAGUCGCGCAAUGGGGUCCCGCACCAGGCAAGGAUGUGCAGGGCGUUGAAGAGAUCUUCUUGGGCAACCAACGCGUCGCCCAGAGGAUCCUCAUCAGAGGCAAGACCGAUCGCGAAGGCUUGGGCUCCCAGUUGAACCACAUCAAAGGAUCCAUGUACGUCGACACUCUCGGUCGGCAAUGAAAUUUUUGUGACGGAAUGGUACUUGGUACUAACAUUUCCAUCUCAUUCCUCGCGGUUUUCUCAUGUGUGCAGGAUUCUCGCAAAAGCGCUCGAGGCCACCUUUAUCCUUGGCGACUCGUACAGUCAUCACCACUAUUCAACCUCGGACAUGAUCAAUGGACCCAUCUACAGGGACUCCAUCACGGCACGACCACCCGUCUAUGUCCCUUUGGGACAAACGUGCGCAUUAUCGGAUCACCUUCCCUACGAGAAGCGACAGGAGGUCAUCCGCGGUUGGUGCUUGGGCAAUAAAAAUGACCAACGUCCGAUGCAGCGCAUCGGGUACUCGCUCGCCAAGCGCAACUGCUCCAUCAUCAUCGACGACGUCUCGGGUCGCGACUUCUACAACGAUCUCAAUCAGUGCUACACCGACGUCUUGCGCGAACGCCUCGGCGGCAUCGACGAUCGACGCAACACCCGACCAGACGGAUCCGGCGACGCUGGCGCCUUGACGGUCGGUAUCCACGUCCGAUGGGGCGACACGUCAGGUAGUGACAACGCGACCGAGUUCCGAGGUUCGAUGCCCACGGCCUCGGUCAACGAGAUCAUCCACGAAGCGCAGAAACGCUUUAAGCGCCUCGACAUCCGCAUCGCGAUGGAAUCCCACAACGACCACGUUCUCGAGGGCUUCGAGUUCGAUUACACGCUCGUCGACUCGGGCGACGUCAUGGCCGAUCUGCAUGCCUUGGCCGAUAACGACCUCUUGUUGAUUGGCUCGUCAAGUUUCGCGAUCCUGGUGCAUAUGAUGGCUGCUCCUGAUGGCGUGACGAUCCUCGAUGGCAAUGAUCGCGCGCGCAAGUUCCCCGGUACCCAACGCACCUUCUUUGGCACGUUCGAAGCUGGCUUCGAUCCGAGCAUGCUCGAUUCAUUGCCGCAACGCUUCCCUGAGGUCGAGUUGGUCUAA